AUGGAGAGCAGCCAGCAACACUCCGAUCUGCCGACCCAGCUUUUGAUGGGGCUGGGUCAGAUGCUGGAGGGGAUGGCAGCUAUACAGCGGGACCAGGCAGAGGCGAACCGGCAACUAUUGGGGGCACUCCUGGCCCAGGCAGAGAGGCAGGCAGGGAGCCCUGAGCUGCUCGCCCGGACAGCGGCGGCUCCACCAAACCCUCCACCCUUGGCGGGGGUAGAGGUCUCAAAGAUGACAACGGCAGACGACGUCCAAUCAUUUCUGGAGAUGUUUGAGGUGACGGCGGGCGUGUGGCUGGCCGGCGGGGAGUGGGCGGACCACCAGCGGAGGUUCCGGAGGCAACGCUGGGACCCAGGACCGGCCGUUUGCCUCGCGCACCAGCUGAAGGACGCCACCAGAUGGCUACAGCCCGAACUCGGAGGCGGCGCGGCGGUGGAGAAGGUCGUUAUGGAGCAGUUCGUGGAGGGCUGCCGACGAACAGCAGAGUGGGUCCGCUGUAGUCCCUCAAACACCAGGGCAGGCGUGUUGGAGGUGCAGACAGCCCGGACACAUCCGGUGGGAGUGUCCGCUGAUGGAGGUGGGCCAGGUGAUCCGGGUUGCCGGCUCUCCAACACCCUCCCAGGUCCGGGAGCGACAUACCGCGUACCGAGUUCGAACGCCAUAGCAAUGGGUCCACCGGGUGUGUGCAUGAACAUUAUUAAUGCCCGCAAACUGAAAGAUGGCUUUGGGACCUUCGCCAACCCCGAGCAUUUCCUCAACCAAGACUUCGAGCAGCUGAAGCAGUACUGUCAAAUCAAGCGGGUGAGGUACAUCGACGACAUGUUCCCCCCCGACAGAAGGUCCAUCGGUGAAGGGAUCCUGACUCCUUCUAACCUGCAGCAAGUGGAGUGGAAGAGACCAUCAAAACUGGUUCAAAAUCCAAGUUUUAAAGUUGAUGGGGUCUCCAGGUUUGACUUUGGUCAAGGCAUGGUCGGAAACUGCUGGUUCCUCUCAGCUAUUGGAGCUCUGACGUUCCAAAACAUCAUCCUUGAGCAAGUUGUUCCUCGUGAGCAAGACUUUGAUGACGGCUACUGCGGGCUGUUCCACUUCAGGUUCUGGAGAUUUGGAAGAUGGUUGGAUGUCAUCAUUGAUGAUAAGCUACCAACAAUCAAUGGCCAACUAAUCUUCGUUCAUUCCAAAGACCCAACGGAGUUCUGGCCUGCUUUGCUGGAGAAAGCCUACGCCAAAGUGUGUGGUUCCUACUCGGACAUGAAUGCGGGAACCCCUGCUGAGGCUUUGGUGGACUUCACCGGUGGUGUUCACAUGUGUGUUGAUCUGAAAGAACCUCCCAAAGGCCUGUGGGAACUGAUGUUUAGAGCUGGCAAAUCCAAUUCCCUGAUGGGCUGUGGUACACCGCAAGGAGUAAGCAUGAACGAUCCACACAACACCACGCUGAUGCUUCUGAAAGAGGACGGAGAGCUGGAUGGACUGAAGACGGUGAGUGCUGGAGCAGAGACGCUGUCUGUGGUCUAG